CCUCCAUCCACAUCCAACACCAUGACCAACUCCUGCUGCUCCCCUUGCUGCCAGCCCACCUGCUGCAGGACCACCUGCUGCAGGACCACCUGCUGGACACCCAGCUGUGUGAGCAGCUGCUGCCAGCCCUGCUGCCAGCCCAGCUGCUGUGGCUCCAGCUGCUGCCAGCCUUGCUGCCAGCCCACCUGCUGUAGGACCUGCUUCCAGCCAAGCUGUGUGAGCAGCUGCUGCCGCACACCCUGCUGCCAGCCCUGCUGCUGUGUGUCCAGCUGCUGCCAGCCUUGCUGCCAGCCCAGCUGCUGCCAGCCCAGCUGCUGCCAGCCCAGCUGCUGUGAGUCCAGCUGCUGCCAGCCCAGGUGCUGUAUCUCCAGCUGCUGCCAGCCCUGUUGCAAGCCCUGUUGCUGCAGGCCCUGCCUCAAGCCCUGCUGUGAGCCCUUCUGCCUCAACCUGUGCUGCCAGCCAGCUUGCUCUGGACCUGUGACCUGCACCAGGACUUGCUACCAGCCCACAUGUGUCUGUGUGCCUGGCUGCCUGUCCCAGGGCUGUGGGUCCAGCUGCUGCGAGCCCUGUGGCUGUUGAUCAACUUACCGCAGACCCACUAGCAACAGACUUCAAGAUAACCACAGUACAUCAAUUUACCACCUUUCUCUGCUAAUAAUAUGCACUUAAAAUAAUAUGUAUCUCAUAAAACUCCCAGUCAUUUUCCUCUUAACAAAUUUGUGACUUGGUCACUGGCUACCGUCAAAUCCACUUUGAAAUCCUUUUUAUUCCUUUGACUGCUUCUAAACAUCAACUGAUCUUGACCUGAGUUUGUGAUCUCAGCCUUGACAAAGAGAUAAUUGCCUUUUUAACUUAAGAAAUUAAAAAUAAGAAAAGCAUUUACAAUGAUCUAAUUAGAACCUUGUAAUGAUAGAUAUCUUUGACUUUAUUCCAAUGUGUUUAUAUGAUGUUGUGAAUCAUCUUGUAACUCUUUCAUGACUACUUCAUAUUUUCUUCCUAGCUUAAAGAAAAAAGCACUCACACUUUGUCCAUUGGUUUUUCUAAUAAACUUUUGACUGCAUUA